GUCAAAACAAAAAACUAACCUCGAUUAGCGAUUUCAAAAAUUCAAUUUAAUCGAUUCAAUUUAAACUUACUAAAAAUGAAUAUACGGGUACCAAGGUACGAAUUUUGCGAAGAAAACAAACCGCUUCUUAUGAGUUUCAUUAAAAAAGCUAAUCAAUACAAAUCGAAUCCAUUUUGCAACCUUAACACUCACCACAGUCUUUCUAAAAUUCUACAAAUGACGAAUGUUUCAGAUGAAAGUCCAGAAGUUACCGAUACGAUAGAUUUAACGAGCGAUAAUGAAGAUGAAAUAGAUACAAUAAUAACACAAAUUUUGGAAGACGAUCCGCAACCACUUGAUAAAAUCGUUGACGAUGUAGCGAGCACGAUAAAAGAGAUAUUGCAAAAUAAAAGUAACGAAACUUGUAACGAGAUGCCGAAUCUUAAUGAUUCUAAUUUAGAUCUAGACGCGAUUUUUAAUAAAUUAUCCGAGGAUUUAACAGUGGAAAACUCUGUCGAUUUGGGAAUUAUGAUGAUAUCUCUGUACAACAAAGAAGAAGUCAUCAAAGCUUAUAUCAAGCAUAUUCUAAUCAAACAGCUACUCGCAGAACAUUCGGAUCGACUUCAAAAUAAUUUAAAUACAUUCUGUGUAAAUUACCCCAGUGUAUUACAAGAAGAAUUAACUCGGCAUUUACUUGACUCAUCCAAUUACUCCAACGCAGUUUUGAAAUUUUUAAAUGCUUUACCUCGACAAUUUCGAGAUAAACUACUAAGAAACUUACUUUUAACCAUCAAAAAUCUGGAAGAGUGCCACUUUGCCCUGUUUGAUGCAUUAGUAGACGAUCUUACUGAAACAACCUCUCUGAAUAGGCUAGUGGAAUUCAUGUCGAAGAAUAGGGACAAUUAUACAAUGAACAAGGUUUUCGGAAAAUUCCUUCUCAAAGUCAUUCAACUGCUGGGUGACGAUUUAUCAGCAGUAGAGAAACCGAUGAGUCACAUUAUCGAGAACCACCGAUCGAUCUGGAAGGGAAAAAUCCAGAAAAUCUACCAGGAAUUUAUACAAGAUAGGUCGCUGUUGUCCCAAUUCGUUUAGUUGACAAAAUACGAAUGUUGUAAAUAAAAUUUUGUACAAUCACAAUGACCUAACAAUUUCAAUCUAUUC